CAAUAUCAAAACCAGGAAAAAAUGGUGACGUGGUGAGUCGUGCACAAACCAAGCUUUUCCUCAGUCGUGGUUACAUUGGAAAAGAUACCGCCCUCUUUCGGUUGGAUCGCUCAACUCGCCUGGAAUUUGGUUUUUCGUAUUGCCAUGUAGAAGUCGAAGUAGUCGUAUAUUGCGUUAGUGGUGCGCAAGAUCUGAAAGACGAACUAGAUCUCUCGCCCUGCUCGAGGAGAGACAGUUGCCACGGUGUGUCGUGCACGACGCAAAAUCAUGAUGGCCUUCAAUUUAGAGCCUUGAUGUGACGAGGGAUAUUAUGGCCCCUAACGAUUAUUGGUCAAAUGCUUGGUUCUCCUGGAGUUUGGUCGCGUCGCAUUCUUGUAGGUAAAACCUAUCAGUCGACUCGAAACGAAACGGUUUGUUUUCAAUAUUUUUUGAACUUACCGAGUCCUCCUUUGUUCCACAAGAAGCCUCUCCGCUCGCCAUUCUUCCCUUCAAUAUUGAAAAACUCGUCGUACUUCAGUUCCAACUUCUUCCGUCUCGUCUUUCUUUUUUGGUAUUUCGGUGUUUCGUUAAUUUUUUAUGUACGUCAAUCAACCAGCCACACAGCGUUUUCAACGAGAAUGGAUCACAAGACCUACGGUACUCUCAACAACCACUGCUGAAUUAUACUUGUACAAAACAGAAGAGACAACGAAAGACCAAAUUAGUACAGUAUCACACUCCGAAUAUCCCUUGAUAGGUUGUUGUUACUACAACAAUAACAAACUACUGUACCGAUCCGACCCGUUCCGUUGGACGUGUGGAUUGCGUUCCGUUUCUCUGGUUCAAUUACACGCGUAUAUUGUAGCAAUCUGAUCAUCGAAUCAAUUGAAACUUGGAACUUGACAGUCCCCUAGAUAAUUUUAUUUUAAUGACAAGCAAUAUGCGGGUCCCAUCCUCUGAUGCUCCUGUGAGACUUUCUAAAGAAGAUGUUGACAAGAGCUAUCGUCAAGAACACGGAGUGGGUGCGACCAUUUUGCUAGACCAACCCACCAACCACCACGAGGAUCCAUUGGAGAACUUAUCUACGAUUGCCAACGAAAUGGUAGAUAUGACUAAGACCAAAGACCUCCUUGCUCCUACUACUGCCAGCCACACGAAGAAAACCGUGCGAAUCAACGACGUGGUGACAUUCAUACCGUUGCUGACAUCUUCCUCGUUCUUUCGCCAGACUCCCAAGCCGAAGACAGUCACAAAUCAGGGAUAUGGAGGCAUGAUGCGUUCCUUUCGUAUCGUCACACCCGCCGCAAUCUCCAGGGGCCACAAGACCACAAAGGAAGACGACCUAGUUCCCAAGUCAUCGCUAUGGUGGACGAAGGAAGAACGACGGGAAAUCCUCAUUUCCAACCAGAAGGCCUCGCGUGACUUCAAGCGCUAUCAUCGCGCCAAGAUACGAGAAGCCAAUCUGAUCUAUGAGAAGAUUGUCAUGGAUUGUUCGGUUUUCGAGGACGACAAGGACAAGGACGACGAGAUUUACCACUUUUUCCGGAACAAUCGUCUCCGCCGACGCACGGACGACAACGAGAACAUGAUCAAGAAUUCAAAAAAACGAAAGCGAAUGGCAACCACGGAUUCAAUCGAUUGCGAUAUUAGCACUAUCGAUGUUGGUUGUAACAUUAACCCUCCCUCCACCCCUACAACAGGUGAAACCACAAUGUACCUGCCCGACCAAAUUCGUGGGUUGGAAUGGGGAGUCCUUCCCGAUGCAAAACGUUAUCGAAAAACACAUGCUAGAAACGUCCUCGACUGGCAGGACCGCUUACGGGAGAUGAAGGACGGAAUUGAGAGGAAGCGACGGCGGAACGGCCACGACUGCGACCAAGAAGACCGCCAAGACAACCAGGACUGCUCGAUGUCCUCUUCCGACGAACACGUCGACUAUAAUCAUGAUCACGUCCAUGGCAAGAUCACCAGAAGACUUUCCUAUCACCAGGAGCAACAAGAAAUUCUGCUUGGACAAAAGGCUAUUAUUUCUAGCCACAGGUCUUGCGUAUUGGCACGCAUGCUGGGAAAGUCCGACGCGAUUGCUGCUACGGAUUCUGUUUCUAUCUCGACUUCCAAUCUCUGUGAAAAGAGCCGAACGAAUUCGCCCACACCAUCCCUGACAAGCACCACCGACGAAAGCAACAGUGGGAGCGAUGAAGAAGACGAUAGCGAAAGCGAUGACGACGACAGCGAUAGCGACGACAGUGAUAGCGAGGAGGAUGGGGGUGCAAGUCGUAGCCACUUCCUUUACAGCACAGUGACCACGAACGCGAGCAGUAUGCACCGUCGCACCUUCCGCCCCCGGAUGAUGCCACCGAUGUCCUGGCGCUAAUCGAGUCGGACUAGUAGCACGUUACGUGCAACCAUGCCACGUUGUACGAUACUAUCUAAGAGUGUUCCUGGGGACGAGCUCGUUCCCGAUAUGGGAACACUGCAUCGCACAGCGUUGCCAACGUUGCAUGGUUCUUUGUGCGGAUGCACACUGAUAAAAAUAUGGGUCAGCUAUGAAUGCAUAUGCAUCAAAUUUACAAAUAUAUAGCGAUGGGAAAA